AGCCGCAUUUUUGUAAACAAUGUGCACGUGUUGCGGUCGCAUGAAAAACCGGAGUUCGUAAAUUGUAUAAAAACCGUAGUGAAUUAAACAAAAAGUAAAUUUUGCAUGCAUCAAAAUGGCUGCUAUAACAGAGAAAUCAAAAGACACAAACACAUUUCGGUUCAAAUCGUUUACGGAACGCGUGAAUGAAAUCGACUUGCGGCAUCUGGCGCUCUAUCACAUAGGCCACAAAAAUGAGCAGCUCGAGGAAGUGGAAAACGAGACGUAUUUCCAGCAGACAUUGCAAAAGUGGAACGUGCUCAAUCUGACCGAGGAGUACAAUUACUUCAGUAAGCGAUGCCGCAACAUUGUCACGCUUCCCCAACUGUUGCAUCAAAAAGACUUUGUAAUUGAUCUGUUACUGGAACGCUUGGCCACUGCUACAACAUUGUCGCAGCAGCCGCUGCUGGAACUACUCUAUGUGCUGGCCCGCGAUUUGCGUGAGGAGUUCUAUGCGUAUUUCCAACGCGUGCUCGACAGAUUGAUCUGUCUGCUGAACACACAGGAUGCGGAGCAACUGGAAUGGACGCUCAUCUGUCUGGCGCAUUUGUUCAAGACACUGAAGUCUUAUUUAAAGCGCAACAUUGGUGUAGUCUUCAAUGCCAUUCUGCCGCUGCUUGACGAGCAGCAUUACCCGGAUCAUGUGACCAACUUUGCCGUCGAAUGUUUCGCUUACAUUGCACGCGAUGUGCGCGACUUUCCGCGCUUCCUUGCCUACGUGCUGAAGACUGUGUUACGCGAGCAGGUGGAGAGCGUGCAUGGCUGCGGUCGGCUGCUCUACGAGAUUCUGCGUGGUGUCAAUGGCCAUCUGCAUAUCUGUGCUGCCGAGUUGGUCGCCCACGUGCUCCAGGUGCUGGUGAACGAGGGAGCGAGUCACACUAAUGCACAGACGGCACUACUUUCCGACAUACUGCAGCACAGUCUCGGCUUGUUGCUCAACUUUAUUCAAGUGGAUCAGAGCGUCGUGCUCUGGCAACAACUCUGCGGCGCCGUCGCCAAGCCAGAGUUGAGCGUGACGGCAACGGUGCAACUGCUGGAACUAAUGCUUCCUCUCGUAACUCACAAGGAUGGACGCUACAUUGCGGAACUUUCGCUGCUGGUGCCAACAAUGCUAAAGCUGCUCGACCGACACAUGACGCUGACAACAGCAGAGCCACUGCAGCAGUUGAGCACGCUGGUCAGCAGCCUAUUGCAGGCGCGGCAGACGCAGCUCAGUCAACUAGACGCAAGUCGUCUGCUACAGCAGCAGCUGAAAGUACAUCAAGUGUCGCGCGUGGUAUACGUCGAGUUCAUACUACAGAUGCUGGACUACAAGCAGUUUGAGCUCUUGGUGCUGCCCCAUGUUGUGGCCCACUACGAGGAGCAACUGGACGAGAGUGCGUUGGAGCUGCUGGCACGCAUUGUACAGCACAAGCGGCCACUUGCUGUGGAUGCGCAGAGUCUGUCCGACUGGCAGGCCUAUGUAAUUCAGCUGAAGCAGAGCAAGACCAUGACGCAUGUGGAGAAGCAGUUGCAGAACAUUGAUAUCAACGACGAAAGCCAGUUGCUGUUAUUGCUGCUGUUGCCUCAUUUACGCGGCUUCAGCAAGCAGUCGCUGGAGAGCAGCCUGCAGGUUGCCAUUGAACAGCAGCUAACGAGCACCUCAAGUUAUGACUCCCAACUCUUGCUGCUGCUGUUGCAGACUCACGCGCUGCUCAAGUUCAAAUUGGCCAAGAAAGUGCGGCAUCAACUGCAACAGACCCUGCUGCCUUCGAUUGCCAGCGAUCCGCGGGCUUUGGCCUGCCUACAAUUGAUGUUGCUGAAGACCAGCAAAGGCGAACUGGACGCCAACGAUGUAGACGCCAUUCUCGAGCCAGUUUCCCAACUGCUAAGUCAGUCAGCAGCACAGUGUCGUCGUAUGGCUGCGCAUUGCCUGCAGUUGCUCGGUGCUCUCCGUGUGAAGAACAAUCCCUACGAGUACUUUGCUGGCGCCUGCUCCAUUGAGCUGACUGUGCACAACUAUCGUGAGCUGUUGUUGCAACUGCAACAGCUGGAGCCGGCUGCAGCACAGUUUAAGCAGUAUGCGCAGCUGCCACACUUCAAGGAGCAUGCAGUCAGCCUUCUGCUUGGAUUGCUCUACAACAAUUUCAAGUUCGUGUGGGCGCCAGUGCAGCAACUGCUGGCGGAAUACCUCAAGGUGAUGACCAACGACGAGUUCUGGACACUGUUCAAGGCGAAGCUGCUGCAGACAAACGAGUACAUCGACUACACCAAGGAGACGACGACACUGGCACAGCCCAAGCAACGGGACUACAAUUCCUCUGCGCUGGGAUCGCUGCUGCCGCUGGAGGAGUCGCAGCAACAGAUAACGCUGCAACAGGCAUUGAACUAUCGCCAGCUGCUCUGGCAAUGCAUUCCCAAGUUGGGCAGCAUUGCGGAGGUGAAGAAUGCGGAUCUGGUGCGACUCUUUCUGCAGUUCGUAGAGCGCGAGUAUCGCGGCCAGCUGGAACACGCCGAAUAUACUUGGAAUCUACAGGAAACGGCGGCCGAUGACAUCGAAGUGGAUGAGGAGCCGGAGGAGUCAACUCCUGCAAAGGGUCGCCAAAAGCGUAGAACGCGCAAUCUUCAUGCGAAAUUCAUACUACAGACACUUCAACUUAAGCUCAGCUGCUUUGUCGCCCAGCCCAAUCCUAAGGCGCUACAUCGGGAGCCAGAGAUGCGCGAGUUUUAUUUGGAACUGCUUGCUGGACCCAAUGCGCAGCUGCAGCAGCUGGCUUUGGACUGUCUCGUGGCCUACAAACAGCCCGCAGCGCUGGUGCAGCACAAGGAGCAGCUGUCGGGUCUCGUUGAUGAGGCUAAGUUCAAGGCAUCGCUCACUGGCUUCGAGUUGAGCAGCCUGGCUGCUCAGCAGCGCACAGAACUGAUGCCCUACAUGCUGCGUCUGCUUUACGGACAUCUGAACAAGGGAAAUCAACGUCAGCUGAGUGGACAGCAGCGUAAGACACUCAUUCUGCGCUUUCUCGGUCAGUUGGAUGAACAGGAGAUUCUUGGUUUCCUGCGAAUGGCGUUCAGUCGCUUCGAGAACUACACGAAUCAACCAGUCGAACUGUUGGUGGAAUUUGUGCGCAAGGAGUUUGUGGCGACGUCUGUGAUUGCUGCACGCCAGCUGCAGAGGAUCGUCAAUCUGCUGGAGCUGAUACGCAAAGAGUUUGCGGGUCGCCUUAGCGCCGAUUUCCAAGUCUAUGUGCUCAAGCUGCUGCUGCUCGCCGGCGGAGUGUCUCAGCAAGCUUUGAGUAGCCAUGGAGCAGCAGGAAAACUUUUGAAUGCUUAUAGAAAUGUGCGUCAUGCUGCGCUGCAAACCCUGGUCAGCUACUUUGACCAGCUGCUAGACAAUGCGGAGCUCUGGCAGGAAUCCCAACUCAGUGCCAUCUGUGAGGUCUUCGUUUGGCCUAAUCUUGCACGCCUGCCGCAGGAAUCAAUACAUGCGCCAACGCCACUGCUGAAGCUGCUGCUGCUCUGGGGCAGCGAACCCCGUUUCCACAGCUGGUUGCAAGAACGUUCCCCGACAGAUGCGGAUGCGCCAACCAUUAUGAAGCAGCUGAUGGCGCUGCUGUUGAACGACAAGGCCAAGCAUUUGGUGCGUCGACCUCUGCUACAGUUGGUGGAGCAGCUGCUUGAGUGUGCCAACUCAAAGGAAAAGGAGGACGAUCAGGCACAGGGCGCCUUAGCACUGGCCAUAUUACAACCCUACAUACCCGAUGUGCUGCAAUUGAUGCAGGCCAGCUGGAAGCAAAAGAAGUCCGGCAAACAGUCUCUGGACAAGCGGGAACUAAACAUUCUCAGUCUGCUAACGGUGCACGUGCAACAGCCGGAAACCUGCGAGACGCUGCUGCAGCUGCUGCUGCCAAUCUUCAUCAAGCAGGCUGCGAAUGCCAAUGCCAGUCCAGAAACGGUGCUGCAGCUGAUACAGACCCUGGCAAAUCUCAGCCAGCGUGUGCCCGCUCCACACCAGUAUGUGCGUCAACUGGCGCCGCUAUUUGAACAGGUGCAUGCGCUGCCAGCGCGCAAAUUGCUCUGCGAACUGCUCGCGGAGAUGGCCAAGCGACUGCACAAGCAGGCUAAACUGGAGCAGCAGCUGCAGCCGGCGGCGGAGCAACUGCGUGAAUGGGCACGAAUUGUUCUGCUGCUCAAUGCGUGGGACAAGCGCUGGUUGGAGCAACCCGACUACGACAAGCGAUUGCAGGCACUCAACGAGCUGAAGCAACAACUUGAGCAGCCCAAGGAGCAGGUUGUCAUUGACUUGGAGCUGGGACUGCUGGUCACAUACAACUGCUUCUACAUGCUGCGACACGUCUCCGAUCUGGGCAUGCGCGUCAACAUUGGCGAGCUGUUGAAGCUGCUGCUGCCGCAUCUGACACGUCAGCUGAAGCAGGAACAGCUGCACCACUGGCUGGAGGAUUGUCUGUUGCCGUUGUUGCAGCGCUGCCUGCGCGAUGAACGUCACGAACAUGCGCGCAGUGAAGCUAUCGGAUUACUGGGUGAACUGGCGCGUCAGUGUCCCCAAGUGCAUGAUGUGCUGCGUGAUCUGGCGCCGCUGACGGAUCAACAUGAUCUGGAGGUGGAUUUCUUUGAGAAUAUGCUGCAUCUGCAGACGCAGCGGCAUGGUCGUGGACUGCAGCGACUCGUCAAUAUUGCCGGUGGCGCCAGCUGGCGUGCCACGCCUCCCUGUGCCCGCAGUCUCACGCAGUUCCUGUUGCCUUUGGCCACACGCUAUCUGCUCAGCGAGAAGCAUUCGGGCAAGCAUACGCUGGUGGAUGCCGCCAUCGAGGCGGUGGGUGUUAUGUGUGAACUGCUGCCCUGGCAGCACUACCAGGCUGUGCUCCGGCAUUACUUGCAGCGUCUGCGCCACUCGCAUUCCCAGCAGAAGCAGUGCGUUCGCUUGGUGGUACGUGUUCUGGACGCCUUCCACUUUGAUCUGAGCAAUGCUCAUGCGGAUGUUGCAGCACUGGCGCAGCUGAAACAGAAACUAAGCGAGUCGGUCGUCGAGGAACAGCCCAAGGAAGAGGAGGUGGAGAAAACAGAGGGUGAACCAGAGGAGAAACCUGUGAAAGAGGAAGAUGGAGAGAUCGACUUUGAAGCAGACAAAGUGGAAGAGGAGGAGACUGAAACUGAGACCGAGCAGCCUAAGCAAAGACAAGACAAAACACUGGCACCCAAUGCCGCCAAACGGGUGAUGGCCACCAUUACCAGCGUGCUGCUGCCGACCUUGAAUCGCGCCAUCACCGAGAAGACGAACUACGACACCAAGCACAAGGUGAACAGGCGUCGACUGAGCUACGAGCGCGAAGAGGAGGAAAUCCAGCGGGUACCCAUUGCGUUGGCCAUGGUCAAGUUGCUGCAGAAGCUUCCACAGGAGCUGCUGGACAACAGUCUGCCAGGUAUCUUCAUGAAGGUUUGCACUUUCCUGCGCUCCCCACUCAAGUCAGUGCGCAUGCUGACCCGCGACAUCCUCAAGAAGAUCAUGCUUACACUGGGCGGCAGUUGCCUUGGAUUGCUGCUGGAGCAACUGCAGUCGCUGCUCACACGUGGCUUCCAGGUGCAUGUGCUCUCGGUAACGCUGCACGGAGUGUUGGAUGCACUGCGUGGCCAAUUGCAGCCGACGCACAUUGAAUCCUGCCUGCAGAAUCUGCUUGAAGUGGCUCUGAAUGAUAUAUUUGGGGAUGUGAAUGCCGAGAAGGAGGUGGACAAGAUUGUGGCCCACACGCCAGAGGCAAAGCCCAGUGCCAAGAGCUAUUUGACACUCAAUAUUGCAGCGCGACACAUCAGGGACAACUGUUUGCUGGAUCUGCUGCUGCCCUUCAAGGAGCAACUGGCGCGUACCCAUUCCCGCAAGGUGACGCAAAAGAUACAGGAGUGCUUUGCCAAGAUCGUUGCGGGUCUGGUGGAGAACACGCACAUUGCACGCGAGAGUUUGCUGAUCUUCAUCUACGGCACGAUGUCGGAGAGCAUCACAGAUCUGUUGCCCGGCACACAGAAGCGACAGCUUAGCGCCAAGGAGCAGGCACUGAUGAGACGCGCUCGUCCCGAUUGCCUCCUGCUGCAGCCAGCGCCCGGACGACGAAGCGUCACCACUGGCAACAAGCAAGUCAAGUCCAGUGCCCAGGCUAAUGCCCAUAUCCUCAUUGAGUUUGGUCUGGAGUUGCUGCACUUUGUGCUGAAGCGCAAGAAGCUCACGGAUCUGGACUAUCAACCAUUUCUGCAUCCGCUGCUGCCGUUGUUGCGCGAUGCCCUCAGCAGUAAUCAUGCAAGGACCACCAGCUAUGCCCUGAAGUGCUACACGGCCAUUUGGCUAGGCGAAUAUGAGCUCGCCGAGCUGAAUGCCGAGCAACUGGCUCCGGUGGUCAAGCGCAUGUUCGACAUCCUGAAGAACUUCUCCACAUUUGGAGCCACGCGACAGGAAGAGAAUGCACAGCUAGUACGCGCCAGCUUCAAGGCUGUGGUGGCGCUGCUUCGUAAGUGCGAGGAUUAUGCGCUGACUGCCGAGCAGAUUGAGCAGCUGUUGCUGCACAUCGAGCAGGAGCUGCAGGAGGGAGAGUGCAGCAGCCAGACCAUGUGCUUCACGCUGCUCAAGGCGCUGGUGGGCCGCAAAGUGGACACACGCUCGCUGCACGACUUGAUGAAGCGAUUGGGUGAUCUUUCGAUCAUCUCGCAGUCAGAUCAUGUGCGCGACGAAUCCAGGAGCAUACUCAUCACCUACAUCAUGGAGUAUCCGCUGCAGCAACGUGUUGAGCAGCUGAUGAAGUUCAUGUCCGUUCAGUUGGCCUACACGCAACCCUCGGGCAGACAGUCGGCCAUUCAGUUUAUGCUGUCCAUCAUCAACAAAUUCCCGCUGCAGAUGCUGGCCAAGCAUUCGGAGUUCCUCUAUCUCUCCCUGGGCACGCGGCUUGUCAACGACGAGGACACCGCAUGCCGACGAGCUGUGGCCGCUGCUCUCGAAGCUCUGCUCGGCCGACUCAACAAGCUGCAGCGUCAGCCACUGCUCGACUUGACACUCCUGUUCUUCACUUCACCACAGUCCAGCCAGAAGCCAGGUGUGCGUGAGAUGGCUGCUGCAAUGCUCUCCCGCUUUGUGCAGGCGGAACGUGGCGGAUUUGUGGAGCGCCUGCCUCUGGUGCUGCCCACACUGGUCGCUAUACUCACGCUGGGUGAUGUCAAUGCUGGCGGCAAGUUUGUGCGUGCACCAGGACGUGAGGCGUUCUCUGCGAUGGACUCGAGUGUGCCGCGCAAGCGUCGUCGCAAGAUGGCUGCAGAGGAGGAAUUGCUGGCGGAUAUGGAUCCAGAGGCACGGCUAGAGCAUCAGCAGCGCUGCAUUGACCAUCAGCUGAUACAGCUGCAGUAUUGUCUGCUCAAGAUUUUCGAACACUGCGGCGAAGUGAUGCUCUCAAGCGAAGAAUUUGCCCCAACAGUGGACGAACUGGCCUAUGCCUGUCAAAGAUUGCUGGCCCAUGAGCACAACUGGGUGCGUUGCAAUGCAGCCAAGCUACUUACACAGAUCCUGGCGCACUAUGACUACGAUUAUGUGGGUCAGCAGCUGGUUGGCGUCAAACGGGAGCACAAGGCGGAGGCCAAGUCGUUAGAGUUUAUCUACGCACAGCCAGCGCAGGAUCUGAAGAGCUUGGUGCUGGAUCUGUGUGCUCAGGUGACGCCUGGCGAGACGGCGCAGGAAAUGAUUGAUGAGCUGGUCAAGAUACUGCUCUAUGUGGCGCACAUGCUGCGAGAUGUGCCCUUCAGCAUCAAACAGGAGCCGGAUGCCGAUGCAGAUCAAUCUGAUCUACCGCCAGCUGGCAAAAUCAAUCUCAAUUGGCUGGUGCGGAACAUUCGCUUCCUGAUCAACAAGGAACUGGCCAAGGCGCCACACGACACCAGCAUUCGCACUGCUUUGUUCACGCUUAUCGAAGGACUGAGCACAUUGCUUAGUGUGGAUGUCGUUACUCAAUUGGCGCCACCUUUGCUGCAGUCCCUGGUCCGCGAAAUGUCUGAGGAGGAUCAAAAUGUGGAUGCCGAGUUGCGGCAGCUGGCAUUGCGUGUGGGAAGUCGCCUGCGCAAACGCAUCGGUACCGAGACCUACGACAAGCUUCGCAAUGUGGUGCAAACCAAGUUGAUGGUGCGUCGCGCCGAGCGACGCAAGGCGGUGGCUCAGGAGAAGAUCCAUGAUCCAGAGCGUGCGGCUAAACGCAAGGCUGGAGUGCAGGAACGGAAGAAGGCCGCCAAGCGCUUGAAGACUGCUGUCGUCCGUGGCAAGGCGCCCGACAUGAAGCAGAAGCUCAAGAAACGCAAACGGAAAGCUGAAAUGGAGGGCUUUUAAUUAUUAUUAGCAUAGUUAUAGAAUUGUAUAUUACUAGCUAGUGUUACCCGGCUUUAUACACAUUUAGAAGAUUCACUUUACUUGGAUGUCCAAUGACAAAGAAAGAAAACACGAAUUGUUAUCAUAUAAGCAUAGAAAUAGAUAUUUACCAAGAAAAUUACAUCAAUUUCAAAUAUAAUAAAUG